CGGAAGAGAUGGGCUAUGAUGAUGGGUACAGGUAAGGACGGAAAGAUGGGGCUAUUUAUCAGAUUAAUUGCAUAUUUUAAUUCAAAAAAAUUGGGCGUCCCCUGGUUAUUUAUAUCUCGACCUGCGAAGUUUGCACAAGACAGUUAACUACGCCAAUCAGUAGCUCAUCUCAAGCAGUGCUCGCAGGCAAACAGGGCCAAGCAAUGUGGGACACCAAAAGGGCGCAUAUAAAAGCAUCCGCAGUCAACCCGGCAUUCCCUCUUCCCUGCUGCUCUUAUUACUAUCAGUCGUAUGUUCAUUAGGCUUCUGGGGACUAUAGCAGCAUCUCAUCUGGAGAUUUCUCUUGAGUUUCAUGAACAAUAGUAAUAAGACUGGAUUCCAUGGAACCAAAGGUCAUAAGUGGAAUCCAGUUCUCACACCUCCCCAGCAGUUACGUUCGUCCAGAAUCCGAACGGCCGAAUCUGUCUGAAGUUGAGGAAUGUCAUAAUGUUCCCGUAGUUGAUAUGGGCUGUGGAGACCGAAGCCUGAUCAUAAAACAAAUUGGCGAUGCCUGCCGGGAUUAUGGCUUUUUCCAGGUAAUCAAUCAUGGAGUGCCCAAGGAAAUAGUGGACAGCAUCCUCGAGGUAGCACGUGCGUUCUUUAGCCUGUCUGUGGAAGAAAAGAUGAUGCUGUACUCUGAUGACCCUUCGAAAACUAUGAGGCUGUCUACGAGUUUUAAUGUGAAGAAGGAGACUGUCCACAACUGGAGGGAUUAUCUAAGGCUUCACUGUUAUCCAUUGGAGAAAUAUGCUCCCGAGUGGCCUUCUAAUCCCUCUUCUUUCAAGGAUGUUGUGAGCAGCUACUGCAAGGAGGUUCGGGAACUCGGGUUCAGAUUGGAAGAAGCGAUAUCAGAGAGUUUAGGAUUAGCUAAAGACAGGGUGAGGCAUAUACUAGGAGAGCAAGGACAACAUAUGGCAAUCAACUUUUAUCCACAGUGCCCCGAACCAGAGCUGACUUAUGGAUUACCGGCGCAUACAGAUCCGAAUGCCCUCACCAUUCUUCUUCAAGAUUUGCAAGUGGCUGGUCUUCAAGUGCAGAAGGAUGGCAAAUGGUUGUCCGUAAAACCGCAGCAGGAUGCCUUCGUUGUUAACAUCGGGGAUCAACUCCAGGCGUUGAGUAACGGGAAGUACAAAAGCGUAUGGCAUCGAGCUGUAGUGAAUGCAGAGAAAGAAAGACUGUCGGUGGCAUCCUUUCUCUGCCCGUGUGACAGUGCGAAUAUCAGCGCCCCAAAGUCGCUUACGGAUGGAGGGGAUCCAACCAUUUACAGAGAUUUCACAUAUGCCGAGUAUUACAAGAAGUUCUGGAGCCGGAACCUGGAUCAGGAGCACUGUCUGGAACUUUUCAAGAACUAGUUCGCCUCGCCGGAGGCCGGGCCGGUCGUAUUGAAGAACACUAAAUCACUGCACAAGUGAUUUGAUCAGCUGCAUCGAUUUUUCUUUACAUUUUUUCAUCUGUUUGUCACUUUUAGUGUUGAACUUUACACGCCCGCCGGUGUUUGUAUGUUUUACAGAGUGGUUAGGUGUUAUUUAUUAUUACACAGCUUGAGUCUGUCUUCUUUGAUGAAGAUGGGCAAUGUUAGGCAAAACAGACACAUAUAUAUUUUUAUAUAUAUAUGCAUGUUGUCUAGCUUAAGAGUAGUUAGCAGUAUUUAUUAUAGUUGGGUUCAUAUUUCUCUAUGAUGAAUAUGGUCAACAAUGUAAUGUAUCUUUAUUUUUCAUCCAAUAUCAUAUGUUAGUACACAACA